GGCCGAGGUUUUCGACCCCACGCUUGACAGGUGGGACCCGCUCCCCCCCAUGAGCACGCUGCGGCACAAAUGCGUCGGAGUCACGUGGCAGGGGAGGUUCUACGUCGUCGGCGGGUUCACCGACGGGAGGGUGCCGUCGCCGGUGGCCCGGAGCUCGGCGGAGGUGUUCGAUGCCCAGCGGGGGGAGUGGGAACUCGUGCCAGGGAUGUGGCAGCUAGACGUACCGCCCAACCAGAUCGUGGAGGUGGAGGGGCAGCUGUUCAGCUCCGGCGACUGCCUCAACACGUGGAAGGGACACAUCGAGGCCUACGACGGGAAGCUCAACAUCUGGAAUAUCGUCGAGCGGUCGCACCUCCACGACCCAUCGUCGCUUGUCGUCGGAGUCGACCUGGGUGGUGGGCCGGCGGUGCGGAUGCUGUACCUCACGAUGGCUUCAAUUGGGACGCAGCUAUACUUCCUCGCCGGGUACCGGAUGCCGGGGGACGAGGUCAGGUCGGUGUCGGUGGUGCACACGUUCGACACGGUGUCGGGGACCGGGGAGGCGUGGCGGAGCUCUGAGCCGAUGGAGGUUGAUGAGGUGAAGGAGCUGUGCAGUCACUGCUGUGUGCUGCAGCUCUCUUGAGCGCUUGGUUCUCUCUCUCCAGUGAGUCUAGCAGCAGUUUGCUCUGUUCUAGUUGAAGUUAUGAGCACAAACUCCUACAUAUAUAUACAUAUAUAUAGAUACAUAAAGCUCAUACCUCUGUGCUGAAAUUGUCGAUGCAGCGUUGUACUCAGUGUCUCAUGAAUAUAUACGUUAUGUAUUUGUGUA